CCCACAUACGGGAACAAGGGUUUCAGUUCCUCCUUUUUCCCUCUCAAAUUUCUCUUCCAUUUUUCCCCAAUUUUUGUUCAAUUCACAGUCCAAUUCUUUUAUUCAUAAUUAUUACAAAUCAAUUAUUUUUUUCUAAUUAUUCUUAUGAAAGACUCAGUUUUUUCUUUCCCGAACAAAAAUAAGAAGAGAACCGAAGAGAAUCUCCAUUUCCCUCGCAAAAAACCAAAAACCCUUAAUAAAUCAGCAUUCGUCGAACUCAAGAGCUUCGAUCUCCCUCUGGUUUCUGCCACCACCGGUUCACCUAUCUGCUCGCUCCUCCUCGAGUCGGACCGGCCCUACAUCUUCGGUCGAGCCAACUCUUCCUGCGACUUCAAGUUCGACAGUCGGUUCGUAAGUAAACAGCAUUGCCAGAUAUUAUAUGAUAGCGUUGACCGUAAAAUAUUUAUUCUCGAUGGAACAAUUUUGUUGGAUGGUCUUCGUUUUUGUGUUAGUGAAUUUAGGAGAAGAAUUGUGUUGUCUGACGAUGAACUGGAAGAUAAAGAGAAAGAGAAAGAGAUUUUAGGGUUUUCUAGGGUUCGGGUUUCUUUGAAUGGGGUUUAUGUGAAUGGGGUUAGGGUCAAAAGGGGUAUGGUUAGGGAAUUAUUUGCUGGUGAUGAGGUUUUGCUUGUCUGUGGGAAUGAAAGUGAGUGUAGUUUAAGGGUACGAGUCGGGUUUAUGAUUCAAGGGAUUGUGUUUAAGGAGGAAGUGGUUUCUGAUUUGGAUGAGGUGCCUGGUGUUAGGCCGCUCUUGCUUGGGGCAAUGGCUUCAUCAAGACAUUCCCAAGGAACAGUGUCCAGUGGGAAGAGGAACAAAAGGGUUUUUGCUAUCUCAAGUAAUGAGAUGACCAUAGGUUGUGACUUAUCUGGAUUUAAAUCUAGAGAUGUAAUGGGGAGAGCCAAGUUUAUUUUAAGUCAGUGCUGUAGUAUAUUGCACAGUGAUGACCCCAUCUCUUGCAUUAGGCAAUGUGAUAUUUCAGAUUCUGGACGCAACAGAUUUCUGGGGUUGACAUUAAGUGAUAGGAUGGAAUUUGCAAUUGGCAGAGAAGAGGAGGUGGGUAGCAUCUUCCCUCUUUGCAGGCAACAAUCAUCUGAUAAGAAGGACAGCCCUGUGCAGCCUAAUUCAUUUAAAACUAUGGCGACUUCAGAGGCAAACCACAGCUUAAUUGGUGAUCUUUUACCAAGUGACCUUCCAUGUGGAGAAGGCACCGUUGAAGGCUGUGGUGAGGAUGCUACUGCCAAUUACAGGCCUGGGAUGUCAUCAUUGAACUGUGCUGAGAAGGAAAAUGCUCCUGAGAUUGAUGGUGUUGGUACAAGCAAGACUUUUACGACCUCUUGUUCAGCACCUGGGAAGAUGUUUUACCUCAAUCGCCUUGCUUAUUUGGACUGUGGUUCAUCAAAUCAUCAUACUCUUGUUUCCUUGCAAGAACUUCUAUAUCCUGUUGAAAGCAUUUCAAAGAUAUUCAUUGCUACGUUUACAAGUGACAUUUUAUGGUUUUUAUCACACUGUGAAAUUCCUUGCCAUCUGCCUGUAACAGUUGCAUGUCAUAAUGCUGAGAGAUGUUGGAGCGCAUGCCCUGAUGCAAGAAGCUCCAUGCCUUUCCCUGAUUUUCCGAACUUGGUUGUAGUGUUUCCCCCAUUCCCUGAGGUUAUUGCUUUUGGUAAUGACCGCAAGAAACGAGGCAUCGCUUGCCACCACCCAAAAUUGCUUGUAUUGCAAAGAGAGGAUAGUAUCCGUGUUGUCAUUACUUCUGCUAAUUUAGUUGCAAAACAGUGGGAGAGUGUGACAAACACUGUUUGGUGGCAAGAUUUUCCUCUCAGAAGUGAAUCUGAUUAUUUGUCUCUUUUUUCAUUUUCUUAUGGAGAAAUGAGUCAAGAUUCAAGAUCUGACUUUGCUGCUCAACUAGCUGGCUUUAUGGCAUCUCUUAUUGUUGAUGUACCUAGUCAGGCUCAUUGGAUUGUUGAGUUGACUAAGUAUGACUUUACCAGUGCUGAAGGACACCUGGUUGCUUCUAUACCUGGAAUACAUUCUGACAGAAUACUGAAGUCUAAUCAGUUUUCAACCUCAUCAUUUGAUGUGAAGUUUCUUGGUCUGGUUGAAGCAUCUGUGGUUGGUUUAAGCCACCUUUUCCGAACUGCAGCAGACACAAAUGCUGCACUACUUAAGAAACUGGCUUUAUUUCUUGGCAAAACUUGUGAAAAUGAAUAUGGGAUGUUGGAUGUUGUUCUGAGAAGAAACACAAAUAUCCCUGCAGAUGAGAAUGCUGUGAGUGUUCUUGUUCCUAACCCUGAUGAGCUCUCUGAAAGAGAUUGCAUUCAACUUGGUUUUCUUCCUAGAAAUGUCGCUAAAUGGGUUUCUCCAUUAUGGGAUAUGGGAUUCUUUGAAUUCCAUGGAUAUGUGUAUCGCGAAGAAGCCCUUACAGCUACUUUUGGGGGAAACACCAAGAAAGUACAGUUGGUACUGCAUGUGUUACAGGGACCAAGGUUUUUUGAUUUGUCAAAACUGAUGCAGGCUCAGAAUAUUGUUGCAUUAUGCUCUCUCAUUGCUUCAGUUCAGAGGUGUACCGGCCUCUGGCGACUUCAGGAGGUUUUACGUCGCUACAAGUGGCCUGAAUCACAAGAAUCUGAUUUCAUUUAUGGUGCAUCCUCAAUUGGCUCAUCUGUCAGUGCACAGUUUCUAGCUGCUUUUGCAGCAUCUGUAGGAAAGAAGUCAUCACAAAUUUUUGAUUCAGAGGAGUCUGAUCCAGAGUGGGGCUGCUGGACUGCUAGUCAAGAAGUGAGAAAUCCAUCCAUUAAAAUUCUUUUUCCUACUAUUGAGCGGGUGAAAAAUGCAUGUAAUGGCAUCUCUCCUGCAAGGAAAAUUCUUUGCUUUUCAGAGAAAACAUGGCAAAGAUUGAGAAAUGUGGGCAUACUUCAUGAUGCAGUUCCUUCUCCCUGCAAUAGGGUAGGGCAUCCAAUGCAUGUUAAGGUGGCACGGAGGCGCUUCUGGUCAAAGACAGGCUCACCUUCAUUUGGUUGGGUUUACUGUGGAUCUCAUAAUUUUAGUGCAGCUGCCUGGGGAAGGCCUAUUUCUGGCUCUGUUGGGAUAAAAGCGAGUGGACUUGAUAAAACCAAGUCUUGUAUGACUUCCAGGCUUCACAUCUGUAACUAUGAACUUGGGAUCAUUUUUUUGUUUCCUCUGACGGAAACCAAAUGCAUUGCUAAUCAAAAUAGCACAAAGUUGGAUGAUAUUGCCCUACCAUUUGUUGUGCCUGCUCCCAAAUAUGGGUCAAGGGACAGGCCAGCAACAGCACAGGCCAUGAGGGAGGCAUUAGCUGAACUUUCAGAACGAGAGACAAAGAGCCUUCUAGAAGUAGAAAUUACAGAAAAUAUGAUGGAAGAGGUUCCAGAUGACAAUGAGGAAGUAAGUGAGGCAACUAAUUAUGUUGCAGAGGAGAAAGAAGAGGAUAAAACUUAUGCUGAGAAGCUCUGGAGCCAGGUUGACUCAUCUCAGAGUUGUUGAUACUUUCCCGCGGUUUUUACCAUGGCAAUUUGGGCCAUGCAUCGAAUUUGUAGCCUGUAAUAUACUGUAUGGCAAGUUUUCUUUGAUCGAUCUAUGUAACUUAAGCUUGAGAUGAAGACAUCCUGCUGUGAGAUUCCUUCA